AUGACACCGCCCCCGCCCGGACGCGCCGCCCUCGGCGCCCCGUGCGCCCGCGUCCUCUGCCCGCCAGCUCGGUUGGGGCUCCUGCUGCGGCUGCUGCUGCUUCUCUGGGCGGCCGCCGCCGCCGCCCAAGGCCACCAGAGGAACGAACCCCGCAUCUCCGCCGUCUGGAAAGGUCGAGGACAGGACCACGUGAGAUUUGACCAGAUCGAGCCACACACGGUGCUUUUCCACGAACUGGGCAGCUCCUCUGUGUAUGUAGGUGGACGAGGCAAGGUGUAUUUCUUCGACUUCCCUGAGGGCAAGAACACCACACUGCGCACGGUGAACAUUGGCUCCACGAAGGGGUCCUGUCAGGACAAGAAGGACUGUGAGAACUACAUAACCCUUCUGGAGAAGCAGGACAAGGGACUGUUGGUCUGCGGCACCAAUGCCCGGCAUCCCAGCUGCUGGCGCCUGGUAAAUGACACUGUGGAGUCCCUUGGUGAGAAGAGAGGCUAUGCGCCCUUCAGCCCAGAUGAGAACUCCUUGGUUCUGUUUCAUGGUAGGGAGGUGUACUCCACCAUCCGGAAGCAGGAAUACAAUGGGAAGAUCCCCAGGUUCCGCCGCAUCGAGGGUGAGAGUGAACUGUACACAAGUGAUACUGUCAUGCAGAACCCACAGUUCAUCAAGGCCACCAUUGUGCAGCAAGACCAGCCCUACAAUGACAGGAUCUACUACUUCUUCCGGGAGGAUAAUCCUGACAAGAACCCCGAGGCCCCGCUAAACGUAUCCCGUGUGGCUCAGCUGUGCAGGGGGGACCAGGGUGGUGAGAGCUCUCUGUCCGUCUCCAAGUGGAACACCUUCCUGAAAGCCAUGCUGGUGUGCAGCGACACAAGCACCAACAGAAUCUUCAACAGGCUCCAGGACGUCUUCCUGCUCCCUGACCCCAGUGGCGAUUGGAAGGACACCAAGGUCUAUGGCGUGUUCUCCAACCCCUGGAACUACUCAGCCAUCUGCGUGUAUUCUCUUGGUGACAUUGACAAAGUCUUCCGCACCUCCUCGCUCAAGGACUACAACAUGGCCCUUCCCAGCCCUCGGCCCGGCAAGUGCCUCCCAAACCACCAGCCGAUACCCACGGAGACCUUCCAGGUGGCUGACAGUCACCCUGAGGUAGCACAGCGAGUGGAACCCACGGGACCUCGGAAAACGCCACUGUUCCACUCCAAGAACCACUACCAGAAAGUGGUUGUCCAUCGCAUGCAGGCCAGCUCUGGGGAGACCUUCCAUGUGCUCUACCUAACCACGGACAGGGGCACCAUCCACAAGUUGGUGGAGUUGAGGGAGCAGGAACACAGCCUUGUCUUCAACAUCAUGGAAAUCCAGCCCUUCCACCGUCCCGCGGCCAUACAGGCCAUGGUGUUGGACACUGACCGGCGGAAGCUAUAUGUGAGCUCCCAGUGGGAGGUCACCCAGGUACCCCUGGACAUGUGUGAAUCCUAUAGUGGGGGCUGUCAUGGUUGCCUCAUGGCCCGAGACCCCUACUGUGGCUGGUACCAGGACCGCUGUGCCUCCAUCUACAGUACCCAAAGGUCCUCCAUGCUGCAAUCUAUUAAUCCAGCUGAGCCACAUAAACAGUGUCCCAACCCAAAGCCAGAUGAGGCUCCAUUGCAGAAGGUUUCCCUGGCCCGGAACUCACGCUACUACCUAAGCUGUCCCAUGGAAUCUCGCCACGCCACCUACUCGUGGCGUCACAAUAAGACCGUGGAGCAGAGCUGUGAGCCCGGCCACCAGAGCCCCAACUGCAUCCUGUUCAUUGAGAACUUCACAUCCCGACAGCAUGGACAUUACCACUGCGAAGCUCUUGAAGGCUCCUACCUCCGUGAGGCUCAGCACUGGGAGCUGCUGCCCGAGGAUGGUGCCACAGCCUCCCACCUGCUGGGUCAUGCCCAAAUUCUGCCUCACUCCCUCUGGCUGGGGGUCCUCCCUACCCUAGUCCUCAGCCUGCUGGCCCACUAG